AUGUCGACCCUCUGCCCACCACCAUCUCCAGCUGUUGCCAAGACAGAGAUUGCUUUAAGUGGUGAAUCCCCUUUACUGGCAGCGACCUUCGCUUACUGGGACAAUAUUCUUGGUCCCAGAGUAAGGCACAUCUGGGCUCCAAAGACAGAACAGGUACUUCUCAGCGACGGAGAAAUAACUUUUCUUGCCAACCAUACCCUCAACGGAGAAAUCCUUCGAAAUGCAGAGAGUGGGGCAAUAGACGUGAAGUUCUUUGUCUUAUCUGAGAAAGGAGUAAUUAUUGUUUCGUUAAUCUUCGACGGAAACUGGAAUGGGGAUAGGAGCACCUAUGGACUAUCGAUUAUACUUCCCCAGACAGAGCUGAGCUUCUACCUCCCACUUCACAGAGUCUGUGUGGAUAGAUUAACUCACAUUAUCCGGAAAGGGAGGAUAUGGAUGCAUAAGGAGAGGCAAGAAAAUGUCCAGAAAAUCGUCUUGGAAGGCGCAGAGAGAAUGGAAGAUCAGGGUCAGAGCAUUAUUCCAAUGCUGACUGGAGAAGUCAUUCCUGUAAUGGAGCUGCUUUCGUCUAUGAAAUCACACAGUGUUCCUGAAGAAAUAGACAUAGCUGAUACGGUUCUCAAUGAUGAUGAUAUUGGUGACAGUUGCCAUGAAGGCUUUCUUCUCAAUGCUAUCAGCUCACACUUGCAAACUUGUGGCUGCUCUGUUGUAGUAGGUAGCAGUGCAGAGAAAGUAAAUAAGAUAGUAAGAACAUUAUGCCUUUUUCUGACUCCAGCAGAGAGAAAAUGCUCCAGAUUGUGUGAAGCAGAAUCAUCAUUUAAAUACGAGUCAGGGCUCUUUGUACAAGGCCUACUAAAGGAUUCGACCGGAAGCUUUGUGCUUCCCUUCCGGCAAGUCAUGUACGCGCCUUACCCCAGCACACACAUCGAUGUGGACGUCAACGCCGUGAAGCAGAUGCCGCCCUGUCACGAACACAUUUACAAUCAGCGUAGAUACAUGCGCUCGGAGCUGGCAGCGUUCUGGCGAGCCACUUCAGAAGAAGACGUGGCUCAGGACACCUUCAUCUACACAGACGAGAGCUUCACCCCUGACUUGAAUAUUUUUCAAGAUGUCUUACAUAGAGACACUCUUGUGAAAGCCUUCCUGGAUCAGGUCUUUCAUUUGAAACCUGGUCUGUCUCUCAGGAGUACUUUCCUUGCGCAAUUUCUGCUCGUCCUUCACAGAAAAGCCUUGACGCUAAUAAAAUAUAUUGAAGAUGAUACGCAGAAGGGGAAAAAGCCCUUUAAAUCGCUUCGGAACCUGAAGAUAGACCUUGAUUUAACAGCAGAGGGCGAUCUUAACAUAAUAAUGGCUCUGGCUGAGAAAAUUAAGCCAGGCCUCCACUCCUUUAUCUUUGGAAGACCUUUCUAUACCAGUGUCCAAGAGCGAGAUGUUCUAAUGACGUUUUAA